AUUUUGGGCAGGAUUUUGGGUCCUGGGCAGGUUUUGGGCAGGUUUUGGGCAGGUUUUGGGUUCUGGGCAGGGUUUGAGCUGCAGGCGGGUGUUUUUGGGGCGCAGAGCGUGGAGGGGGAGCAGCACGAGCGCGCCGUGGAGCUGCUGAAGGCGGCGCAGGGCUCGGUGAAGCUCGUGGUGCGCUACACGCCGCGCGUGCUCGAGGAGAUGGAGGCGCGCUUCGAGAAGCUGCGCACGGCCCGGCGCCGGCAGCACAACAGCUACUCGUCGCUGGAAUCGAGGGGGUAGAACCCCCCAGG